AUGGCUGCCCAACCUGUCCCUUCCACCUGCGUGGCUGCCCACGCGGGGGUUGCUCAUGGGGCUAGUCCUGGGGGCGAGCGCGGCGACCGCAGAGAGGUGGGGUCGAUCGCCCUGCGACCCCAGGGGGCCCGCGAGGCCACCGCCCCCAUGGCCCGGCUGGGCGCGCUGCUCAGCUUCGCGCUCCUGGCCGCCGCGGUCGCCAGCGACUACUGGUACAUCCUGGAGGUGGCGGACGCCGGCAAUGGCAGCGCCUGGCCCGGGCGCGCAGAGCUGCUCUCCUCGCACUCGGGGCUCUGGCGCAUCUGCGAAGUGCUGCACCGCGCCGUCAUGGUGGUCCUGCCUCUGAGCCUGGUCCUUCUCGUGUGCGGCUGGAUCUGCGGCCUGCUCAGCUCCCUGGCCCAGAGCGUGCCUCUGCUGCUCAUCACGGGCUGCUACUUCCUGCUGGGGGGUGUCCUGACACUGGCGGGGGUCAGCAUCUACAUCAGCUACUCACACCUGGCCUUCGCGGAGACGGCGCGGCAGUAUGGCCCACAGCACGUGCAGGGCGUCCGCGUCAGCUUCGGCUGGUCCAUGGCCCUGGCCUGGGGCUCCUGUGCCUUGGAGGCAUUCAGCGGGGCCCUCCUGCUCUCAGCUGCCUGGACCCUCAGCCUGAGCCCCCCACUCUGUGGUCAUCUGAGUCCCCAGCAGGUGGGAGGGAGAGGGGGAGUCUGAGGCCCAGAGUGGCAGAGGGACCCACCCAGAUCACCUGGCACCAGAGAGAUGCCGUCUCAGGCCGAGGCCUCCCUGGCCUCUGUUCUGUCCACUCUCCCCGGAGGGCAGGCUUGGUGGAGAAGAGGCUGAGGAGAGGGCCCGAGAGCCCCCUCCGAUGUGCAGGUGUGGGGGGCAAGGAGCUGAGCGACCCAGUUAUGCCCCUCUGCCCCCUCCCUUGUUUUCAAGCCUGCUAGGUACUUUCCACUGAGCGCUUCCGGGGAGAGCAGGCACCCAGAUCUCUGUCCUUGUCCUGGCACAGGCUGCUGCUGCUUCCGGCCCCCGACCCUUCCUCUCUGCAGCAACCUGGGGGAGGGAUGCCAUUGUGAGUGCCCUGGUGGGCACACUGAGCUGGCAGAGAUGGAAGUCCCAGAAGGGUGGGGUGGGGGUGUCAUGCCAUGGUGGAGGAGUUUGGGGCCACUCCUUGCCUGCCUCAAAGGGGGCCUGGCUGAGAGAGGUUCUUGACCACAGGGGCCAGGGCUGCCUAGGGUGGCGCAGGGCUGGGCCUGGAGUUUGGGAUGCAGGCUUGUUAAACAAAGGGCAGAACCCCAGGUUGGGAGGGGCUCAGCUUGCAGGCCCAGGCCCACAGGCCCACUGCCGGUCCCAGGGAGAGACAGGUGAGAAGAGGGAUGGCCAGCACACACUUGAGUCCCCUUGGGCCACAAAGUCUGGGGCACGCCCACCGUUAUGCAGAUGGACAGUUGAGGCCGCUGCAGGAGAAGCGUUCCCAGGGCCUGUGCAAUACGUGGAAGCACUAAACGGCCUCGUUUGGGGUUUGGGGGCCCUUCCCGAGUCUUGAGAGGUGUGCUGGGGAAGACGGCAGCCUCUUGGCACUUGAUCUUCCUCCACCCUGCCCCACCCCUAGGUCUCUUUAUUGAUUCAAAGGUUAAGGAAGCUCCUGGGGGCUCCAGGGGGUGGCACAGUUUUGUUGGGGCCCAGUAAGGACAAAUCUGGGGGGUGAGUGGGGCCUCCUCUUCCUCCUGGUGUUUGAACACUUACCGUUCCAUGUGGGACCAUUGUGCCCAUUUGUCCUUACAUAAAUCACUUGUGCUGUGUGCAGUAUAAGCCUUUUUUCUUACAACUUUUCAAAAUAGGUAACACAUGCCCGUCUGUCAUAAACAGUACAAAGGUGAGCAAACACUGUCA